UGGUUUGGUAGAUUGGCUUUUUUGUAUACGAAGGCUGUGGAUCUGCCUUGGAUUGAAUGUACAGCCUUGAUGGUUUGAUUAGAUGGAGGAUUGACAUAUAAGCAGCUUGUUGUUUCUGGUCUUCAUCAAUCAUCAUCAAUCAACUCUUCUACUUCUACUUCUACUCAAUCCAAUCCAAUCCAAAACAAUCAAUCAAUCAAUCAAUCAAUCAAUCAAUCAAUCAAUCAAUAUCUUCAUCUACAUCCACCAUCAAAAACAAAUACAACAUAAUGGCCGCCGCAACUUACUACAGCACCCCCGACAUGGUACAUACCCCCCAUCCUCAAUCUCCAACUAACAAAACACAGUCCGCAUGGGCCCAACCAACACACAAACAAGACCAACUCACCGACGAAAUCGAUGAACCGUCUAGUGACCGCGGCCUCGGCGAUGCCCACACAUGGCGCCAGAUCGGGAAAAUCGCUGUCAAAGUAGCCAAGGCGCUUAAUGAUGAGGAUGAUGAUGAUGACGACAGUGGAAGUGAUAACGACAGCGAUAGUGGAAGCAGCAGCAGUGAUAGUGACAGCGACAACGAAGACGAAGAUGAAGAUGAAGAACAAGAGCACGAGGAAGAGGGAGAGGAAGAGAAAGAGGAAGAACACGAAGAGGAGAAAAAGGAACACCACUUUGCUGCUUCGUUAAAGUUUGCGGGCAAGUUGGAUAAGCUUGCUCAUAAGAAGGAAAAGGAGGCCAAGGAGGGGAUAGAGCAGCAGCAUCAGCAUCAAGCCCAAUUGCAGGCUCAGCAGCAACUUCAAGCUCAUCCUCAGCCCUGUCCUCAGCCUCACUAUACGGCGUAUAAUCCUUAUGCGCAGGCUGUUCAACCUCAACCUCAUCCUCACUAUACCGCCUAUAAUCCCUAUUCUCAAGGCGCUCAAUACCAGCAAGUACCAAGAUGCUAAACUAGAUUAUGGGGUGUGAUUUGGCUUUCUUUUAUCGAUAGGAGAUCUCGUAUUGCUAGGCAGGAUUUAAUGCCGGUAUAGUGUGCAGCUUAUUUAACGAAGGGUGGAGAACGAUUAUCCCACAUGUCUAACAGUAAGCAAGAUCUUGAUCAUGCAGU